AUGGCUGACAAAAUCACCCUUUACAACCUCCCAGAUCUCAAAAACGCCGCCGACGAUGCCAUCGCAAACUACCUCAACUCCAUCAAAUUCAAGCAGUCACACUCCAUGAUCGACGUCCGCCUGGCCCUCGGCUACUCGUCCUUCCUCCUCGCCGCCGCAUGCGCCCUCUGGGACUACAAGUUCGGCUGGGAGGCGACCAAGCUCUACACGGCCGUCGCCGUCGCCAUAUACACCGUCCUCAGCGGCGCCCUCACCCUGUGGACGUGGAAGGUCGAGCAGGGCACAAUCUACCAAGGGAAAGCCCCCUCAGGUGAUGAUCUCUUCAUUGCCAGCGAGACGAAGAAGAUGGAGCCCGUGUACCGACUCAAGAUCGCGAUCCAGGACAAGUCCACCGGCAAGAUCAAGGCGUUCAAGAUCUCCAAGCCCUUCAGCGAGUUCUUCGACGAGACCGGCCUGUUCGUCCCCAAGCCCUUCCAGGAGUUUCUCGCCACGAACAUCUCCGUGGUCGGCAAGGCAGACUCCAAGCGCAUCCAGGCCGCAUCCGAAAAGCUCCUGAGCGAGAACCCAGAGCUGCUGAGUGCAGUCCUAAACGCCGGUUCAGAAAAAGAGGCCGAGGCUACGGGGACUGAGAAGAAGGCCGGUGGGAAGAGGAGAAAGGCGUAA